AUGGCGCCAGAAGUCAAUAAGUAUAGCUUGGUGUCCAAGGAUGCAAUCAGCCAGGACAUCGUCAAUAUCUCACAGUUUGCUGAGGUAGAACUGCCAUUGCGCCACACUUCACCUCAAGCUGAUCCUGAGCAACAGGCUGGUAGUAUGCGUGAUGAAGACAAUCAGCCUGAAGGGUCAUUGGAGGAGCGGUACGAGGGUGCUGGGAUGUGUUACUCUGAGGAUGGUCUGACCUUUUUAGAUGUAUUUGAUGCUGAUGAAUAUGCAGAGUACAGGAAGGAGAAUCUUUUCUACCCUUUCGCAUCCAAGGAAGAGCAGGAAAUCAGUGAUUUCCUUCUGUGUUCACCCCUUAGUAUGGCAGCAAUUGAUGUAUUUCUGAAGCUUCCCCUGAUCCAAAAAUUGCAACUUUCAUUCAGCAACGCUAGAGAAUUGCGAAGCCAUGUGGAGAUGCUUCCUAGCGGACCAAGCUGGAAGUGUCAGAUCAUCCCCUCGACCCAUCCCACAAAAUAUCUGAUUCAAUUAUUUUGGAGGGACCCUAUUGAAUUCUUGGAGAGUCUUUUCUCCAACCCUCUCUUCCACGAUAAGCUUGAUUUUGUCCCUCAUCGUGUUUACACAAUGGUGGCACAUCUUAUGCGAGUAUACUCGGAAUGGACGACAGGUGAUGCUGCUUUGGAAAUGCAGACUCAGUUUCCAAGAGGUGCUACAGUUCUCGGCGCUGUACUGUCCUCCGACAAAACCAACAUAACUACAAUGACUGGUGCUAGAAUCGCUCAUCCGCUUCUUCUGGGACUCGCCAACAUACACAUGUGUACUCAUACAAAACUUUCAUCAAAAGCUUUCUUACUUACGGCCCUCCUUCCUAUCCCAAAGUACCUACACCCUAAUCAACGCAUGCGAGGCAUGCUUGAAGAUCACCUUAUACAUCAAUGUCUUUCAAUUGUUCUUAAGCCAUUGAUGAAAGCGGCGGAAGUUGGCAUCAUGAUGUCUGAUCCGGUUGGAAAUGUUCAGCACUGUUUUACUCCUCUCGCAGUGUUCAUCGUCGACACCCCACAGGCAGCUAUGCUUGCCUGUACUGGCCUGCUCACUGAUCCCUCGAUCUUCCUGAUGUCAGAACCACUGCAUCAUUGGCACAAGGAGUUGUUCGACCAUGACUGCCAGUGGUGUUUAGUAAUUGUGGGUGCCUCAGAGCUUGAUUUCUGGUUCUCGAUCCUACAGCCAGUCAUAGGCUACCGUCAUUUCGCUGGUGGAAUCUCAAAACUCAAACAAUGCCCUGCUCCUGACGAUGACUUAUUGGCAAGUAUUGACCGGUCCCUUUCGACCUUCCAUGACAAUAAAGACAUCAUUCUGACUUCGGGUGUGCGGAUGGGAGCCAAGAGGCCUAUUGAUAACUGGUUCAUUCCUAAACUAGAACUCCUCCAGAGCAUCACUUCUGGCACGCGCAACAUUGGUGCUCUCAUCCAGUGGUCUGCAGAUGCGACCGAGCAUGCCCAUAUUUUGGAAAUCAAGGACCCCGCACAGGGUACCAAGAACAAUGACUACGACCCCCAGAUCUGUCGACAUCUAGAUCGAGAUGAAAAGCUGCAAUGUUUCACAAUUGCCACGACGCUGCAGAGUCAUCACAUGUACCGUGAUCCCAAUGACAGGUCUGGAGAAGUUCCUGAGGAGGAGGCGGAGGAGAAUGAGGCAAUCAAUUGCAAUGAGCAGGAACAGGACAAUCCGUGGACUGCACUUUUAGAAGAAAUGAAUCAUAUAUAUGCUUUGGAUGCGUCAUCUGAGGCCUGCACAGAUUGCAGGGUCAAGGUGUUCCUUCUUGAUGAUGGCGCUGGUGAAGACAUGGUCGAUGUGAUCCAUAGCAGGGAUCACCAUGGCGAGAUUCAGCAUUGA